GAAACCGGGAGGGAAGCGGCGGCAGUGGCAGGAAGGGCGCGAGCGGCAGCGGCGGGUGUCCCGUCAGUGGUCGGUCCGGCAGUCCCUGACCCCCCGGCGGAGGACGCGGCCUUGAGCGGCCCGUGCAGCUCCGGGCGUUAUCCGGGGCGAGCCGGUGCCUCCGCCCGCCGAACGGGCCCGGGGCGGGAUGUAGGGUGUUAGGCGCGGAGGCCGCCGGCGCGGCGGGGUGGGCGCGGAGGGCGCGCCGAGGAUGGAGAGAGCGAUGGAGCAGCUCAACCGCCUGACGCGCUCGCUGCGCCGCGCGCGCACAGUCGAGCUGCCCGACGAAGGUUCCACCAACAGUCUUGAGAGUCCCUGGAAACUAGAAUAAUAAUGAAACUGCUGUUUAUACAUUAAUGCCAAUGGUUAUGGCUGAUCAACACAGGUCUGUUUCUGAGCUACUAUCAAAUUCAAAGUUUGAUGUCAAUUAUGCAUUUGGACGUGUGAAAAGAAGCUUGCUUCACAUUGCAGCAAAUUGUGGUUCGGUGGAAUGCUUGGUCCUGCUAUUAAAGAAAGGAGCAAAUCCUAACUAUCAAGAUAUUUCAGGUUGUACGCCCCUUCAUUUGGCAGCUAGAAAUGGGCAGAAGAAGUGCAUGAGUAAAUUAUUAGAAUACAGUGCUGAUGUCAACAUUUGUAAUAAUGAAGGCCUUACAGCAAUACACUGGCUGGCCGUGAAUGGGCGGACAGAACUACUCCAUGACCUUGUACAACACGUCAGUGACGUCGAUGUUGAGGAUGCGAUGGGGCAGACAGCGCUGCAUGUGGCUUGCCAGAACGGUCACAAGACGACAGUGCAGUGCUUGCUAGACAGUGGUGCUGAUAUUAACAGGCCAAAUGUAUCUGGAGCUACUCCAUUGUACUUUGCUUGCAGUCAUGGUCAGAGAGACACAGCACAGAUUCUUCUGUUACGAGGAGCUAAAUAUCUGUCAGAUAAAAAUGGAGUAACGCCUCUGGAUUUAUGUGUACAGGGUGGUUAUGGAGAGACAUGUGAAGUAUUAAUUCAGUAUCACCCUAGGCUUUUCCAGACAAUUAUUCAAAUGACACAGAAUGAAGAUCUCCGAGAAAACAUGUUGCGGCAAGUUCUGGAACAUUUGUCUCAGCAAAGUGAAAGUCAAUACCUAAAGAUUCUAACAAGCCUUGCUGAAGUUGCCACAACAAAUGGGCAUAAACUGCUUAGCCUAUCUAGUAAUUAUGAUGCUCAAAUGAAGAGCCUUUUAAGGAUUGUGAGGAUAUUUUGUCAUGUCUUUCGAAUUGGUCCAUCCUCUCCCAGUAAUGGAAUCGAUUUGAGCUACAACGGGAAUAAAACUCCAAGAAGCCAGGUGUUCAAGCCUCUCGAAUUGCUUUGGCACUCAUUAGAUGAAUGGCUAGUUUUAAUAGCUACAGAACUGAUGAAAAACAAAAAGGACUCAACGGAUAUCACUUCUAUUUUACUGAAACAAAAAGGCCAAGAUCAAGAUGGUACUUCCAUUCCUCCAUUUGAACCUCCAGGACCUGGGAGCUAUGAAAAUCUAUCCACUGGCACAGGGGAAUCUAAACCAGAUGCUCUUGGAGGGAAACAGGAAGCCAGUGCAGACUGUCAGGAUGUUAUUUCUAUGACAGCUAACCGGCUAAGUGCUGUCAUUCAAGCUUUUUACAUGUGCUGUUCUUGUCAGAUGCCUCCAGGAAUGACUUCACCCCGUUUCAUUGAAUUUGUCUGCAAACAUGAUGAAGUUUUAAAAUGCUUUGUUAAUAGAAAUCCCAAAAUUAUAUUUGACCACUUUCACUUCCUCCUUGAAUGUCCUGAGUUGAUGUCAAGAUUCAUGCAUAUCAUAAAAGCGCAGCCGUUUAAAGAUCGCUGUGAGUGGUUCUAUGAACAUUUGCAUUCAGGACAGCCAGAUUCCGACAUGGUGCACAGGCCAGUGAAUGAAAAUGAUAUCCUGCUGGUUCACAGAGAUUCUAUUUUCAGGAGUAGCUGUGAAGUUGUGUCAAGAGCAAAUUGUGCAAAGCUGAAGCAAGGAAUUGCUGUGCGGUUCCACGGAGAAGAAGGCAUGGGUCAAGGUGUUGUGCGUGAGUGGUUUGAUAUUCUGUCUAAUGAGAUCGUCAAUCCUGAUUACGCAUUGUUCACCCAGUCAGCUGACGGAACAACUUUUCAGCCUAAUAGCAACUCCUAUGUAAAUCCUGAUCACUUGAACUAUUUCCGGUUUGCUGGACAGAUCUUGGGAUUAGCUUUGAACCACAGGCAGCUUGUCAACAUUUACUUCACAAGAUCAUUCUAUAAGCACAUUCUUGGUAUUCCUGUAAAUUACCAAGAUGUGGCAUCCAUUGAUCCAGAAUAUGCCAAAAAUUUGCAGUGGAUUUUAGAUAAUGACAUUAGUGAUCUGGGUCUAGAGCUAACCUUUUCUGUUGAAACUGAUGUGUUUGGAGCAAUGGAAGAGGUGCCUUUGAAACCUGGGGGUGGAAGUAUUCUUGUGACACAGAAUAAUAAAGCGGAGUAUGUUCAACUUGUUACUGAACUUCGAAUGACAAGAGCCAUUCAGCCUCAGAUCAAUGCUUUUUUACAGGGCUUUCAUAUGUUCAUUCCACCUUCCCUCAUACAGCUUUUUGAUGAAUAUGAAUUGGAGCUACUGCUUUCUGGCAUGCCAGAAAUUGAUGUGAGUGAUUGGAUAAGAAAUACAGAAUACACAAGUGGCUAUGAAAGAGAAGAUCCAGUUAUUCAGUGGUUCUGGGAAGUUGUGGAAGACAUUACUCCAGAGGAGAGAGUUCUUCUCUUGCAGUUUGUUACUGGCAGUUCCAGGGUCCCACAUGGUGGAUUUGCUAAUAUCAUGGGUGGAAGUGGAUUGCAGAACUUUACAAUUGCUGCUGUGCCAUAUACCCCAAAUCUCCUACCAACUUCAAGCACAUGCAUCAACAUGCUCAAGUUACCUGAAUACCCAAGUAAAGAAAUACUCAAGGACAGACUUCUUGUGGCAUUACAUUGUGGCAGCUAUGGUUACACAAUGGCAUAAAGAAGUCUGGGAAAUUCAUCUGAUUACUGAUGCGCAACUCAAGAGUGGCAGAAAUAAUUUAGGAAACUGUCAACAGGAAAGGAGCCUAAAUGCAGCCCAUAGGCGGCAGGGCUGAUGUUUAAAAUUCAUAAAGGGGAUCAUGCUUUCUCCCCUACCUUCCAUGUUUUCUGUUUGUGAUACAGUUAGAAAAUAUAAAAUCACAGUAUUCUUCAAUUUAAAAAAUGCUAAUUGAAAGUAGUAGAAAUUGUCCUUUUUCAUAUUUCUUUACUCUUACCCAAGAUUGUGUUAAGGCAAAAUCUUAUUCUACAUUCCACCUCCACUGUGUAACUGUCUUGUUAAAAAGGUGUUUUCUCUUUAUUUUCUCUAUAUUAAAUUAUAUUAGGACACCCAGCCUGGUAUGUUCUGUUGCAUGUAAAGUGCCGUUUAUAUUUUGGAAAACUAUUGUAUAGAAUGGAUUAAUUUAGAUUGUGUAUAAAAGCCACAAAUAUGUAUUUUCCCAUAUUGAAUCUAUAUUGCAAUGAUGUUUUUUAGCUUUUUAAUAUUUUAAUAUAUAAGGUAAAGUUUAGACUGAUGUGACUAACAGCUGAUGAAAUGACAUUUAAUUUAUAUAUUAAAGCUUAUAUUGUAUGAA